CUUUACCACACAGUCACACAGUCUGCGAACCAUGCACUAAACCACAACCUCGGAAUAAACAACAACAGAGAGAUGACUGUACGUUGAUACAUUGGCGACGGACGUCAGCAAUCGUGCGUAAAAGUGAAAUUGCCACAGAAGAUGAAUGUCCACUUUUAGCAGCAUCUCUUCUCACCGUUGGAGUCAGUGAAACGAUUGGAAAACUCUUGACUCUGCGCCGGCACUUGCGCAUGAAUCAAGGUUUGCUUGGAGCACUGAUGUGUUUCUCCCUCUCUCUUAUACAGACCAGGGUGGUUUGAAGCAAGCACACUGCUACUGGGUUGGAAAGAUCACAGUCAAGCACCAUUGUUUUGGUCAGUGUGUGAAGCGGGAACAAAAUGGUUAACAUACUUAUAAAACUCAGAAGACAGAUGGUCAUAACAACACUGUCGCUGCUGAUUCUCUGUCUCUUGUUAGUGGUCAGGGUGAAGUACUUGUCCGUCACUGAGCUUCCAUCUCCCCCACCAGUUGUGGUAGAGGAUGUUUCAGUUCAGACAGUUCACAAGUACAACAUCAGCUGCUCAGCCAUAUAUGACAUGGACCCGAUCGAGGUGUCCAAAUCAUUGGUCAUUCGCAGGCACCACAUUGUGGAGGAUACAGAUGAAAGUCUUCGUAACCUCACCUCAGACUGCCCGUUAUUCAUCAAGUCCAGAGGCUACGACAAAGUGUGCGUCACAGAGGAGGAGAGAGAAUUCCCCCUUGCAUAUUCUCUGGUUGUGCAUAAAUCUGCGUGGAUGGUAGAGAGACUCAUCAGAACCCUGUACACGCCGUAUAACAUCUUCUGCAUUCACUAUGACCAGAAGUCUUCAUCUCAGUUUAUUGCAGCCAUGAAGAGUCUGGUGGGCUGUUUUCCCAACGUCUUCAUCGCCUCUCAGCUAGAGUCUGUCUACUAUGCAAGUUUCAGUCGAUUAAAAGCUGACCUCAACUGUCUGUCUGACCUUUUGACAUCAGAAGUCAAGUGGAAGUAUGUCAUCAACCUCUGCGGCCAAGAUUUCCCCCUCAGGUCCAACAUUGAGCUUGUGGCCGAACUCAAAAAGUUAAAUGGUGCCAACAUGCUGGAGUCAAGUUGGCCCACUGAGUAUAAGUCAUGGAGGUUCACCUUUCACCACGAGCUGAUGAGUGCCAACUAUGAAUAUGAAAAAAUUCCAGUAAGAACAGACGUGAAAAAGGCCCUGCCACCUCACGAUAUCCAGAUGUUCACUGGCAAUGCCUAUUUUGUCGCGUCCCGGGCCUUAAUCGUGUACUUGAACUCCUCAGAUGUGGUGAAGGAUUUUUUAGCCUGGUCAGAGGACACCUUCUCCCCAGAUGAACAUUUUUGGGCCACAGUCGUGCGACUGCCAGGUGUUCCCGGGGAGGUGCCAAGAUCUGAGCCUGAUAUCACCGACCUGAUGAGUAUGACCAGGCUGGUGAAGUGGCAGUACCUGGAGGAAGACCUCUACCCAACCUGCUCGGGGGCACACAAUCGUGCCAUUUGCAUUUUUGGUGCUGCAGAACUGCGGUGGUUGCUCCAUUAUGGCCACUGGUUUGCCAACAAGUUUGAUACCAAUGUGGACCCAAUUAUUAUUCAGUGCCUUGAGGAGAAGCUGGAGGAAAAAAGUAAGUUAUUCCGGUCACUGGCAUCCCCAUCUUGCCGUGAGAGUUAACCACACCCUCAGCAGGGAUUUCAUCUUCAACAAUUUUAGUAAACCCUUAAAAAUGUUUAUUAAUUUCAACAUGAUAUUUGGUCAUAUUCAGGGAAUUUCCAUUGUUUUCUUAUAUAUAAUAUAGUAUAAUUUAAUGUAAUAUAAUAAUUUGUAGUUUUUGUUUGAUGUGUCCAGUCCAUAGUCUCAAUAUAACGAUAUAAAAAUGGAUUUAGUCUUCUGUGACUGGUGCUAUGUCAGGUUUUGAAGCAUCAACUGCAGCCAGGCACCUGUCGGUCAAAAUCCCACAGCUUCACCCCGAUCACAUACCCUGGUGUAUACAGUAGAGCAGUAUCUCUGAUUUUGUACCACCAGGGGAAGCUCAGCGGUACAUGUACCGCAGUUUGAGAACCAAGGAUUCUAGAGGAAUGUUCAUUUUUACGUUCUGUGGUCCAGUCCUCCUGACUGUGAGGUGGAAUGGAGGGUUUUUAUAAUAAGAAAAACGUGUCUUAUUUAUGGGUGAAAUGAGAAAAUGUGUGUCACAGUGACUGAUUUUCUGAUUGUAGUUUAUACUGACUUGUAAAUGAUGUAAUAAAAAGUUAAAUUAAAAGGAUACCCACA